CUAAAGCUGGCUUCUUCUACACAAUGGUUGCUGACAACGUGAAGUGCUUCUACUGCGACGGUGGGCUGCGGAACUGGGAGCCUGGUGAUGAGCCGUGGACGGAGCACGCCAAGUGGUUCCCUCGGUGCGAGUUCCUGCUGCAGCAGAGAGGGGAUGACUACGUACAGGGAGUACAGGCUCGCUUCCCUAACCUCCAUGCACAGCAACAGAUACUGCAGCAGCACAUGAGACCACCAGAUGAAGCAGGCACUGGCCGGCCAGCUCCGCGACCGCAGACCUCCCAGAGCAGCCUGGCUGUGGAGAUGCAGAGUCAGGUUGUGUCAGGUGUGCUGGAGAUGGGCUUCGACCCAAACAUAGUCCGGAACGCCGUACAGCAGCACCUGCGGGAACACGGCAGUGGCUUCACGUCCGCGCACGAGCUGGUCGUCGCCGUGCUGGACCUGGAGGAGGAGGAGGAGAGGAUGGAGCAUUCAGGGUCAUCCCAGAUGGGGAAAGGGGCUGGACCAGGGGAGGGGGCGUCACAGAAGCUGAAGGAGUUGGAACAGCCGGCUGCAACAACAACCACAUCUGCUUCUGCUGCUGCUGCAGGGGCCAGUGGGACAGAGGAACCACAACCAGGAACAAGUGCACCCAUGGAGGAACCAGCCGCUGCUGCUUCAGGAGAAGGCAACAGUCUUGAACAGUUGCAGAAGGAACUGGAUAAGUACAAGGAUGAGAGAACGUGUAAGAUCUGCAUGGAUGCUGAGGUUAACAUAGUUUUUAUCCCGUGUGGGCACCUGGCGGUCUGUGCCAACUGUGCAGCCAGCGUACGCAGGUGCCCCAUUUGUAGGGCUAGCAUUCGUGGCACUGUCCGCACGUACAUGUCUUAGGUUGAAAUUCAACUUCAAACACUAGUUCAGUUUAGGUUGCUGGUUAUUGUUUAUGGUUAUUAAUUUGUUACAGUUUUUGAACUGUGAAAAAAUAAUAAAAACAAAAAUAUACAGAAAACAACAAUAAUCAUAUAAACAAUAACAACAUCCUAACUUAAGUCUUAUACAUAUCAAAUCCAGCACAUGCACAGAGACCUACAUGUAGUCAGGCAGAUAUGCUUCUAAGAUAUACUUAACCAGGAUGAAGAAGAAAACAGGAAGCUGAUAUCUUGUUUGGAACCCUUUACUGUGUUUUCAUGUUGAACUGUAUUCAUCCUAAUCCCUACAUGUCUUGUGAACAAAUUGAAGAAACUUAGUUUAUAUGAAAAGGGAAGGUAGCCAAAUAUUUCCAAUCUAUCACAUAUGUAGUACUCACAGCAAUUACUUUCAACCUCUGUUAUGUUACCACACGCUAUACUUAAGAUUACUAGUCUUAUUUUGAAAACAACAAGAAAUUAAUCAUGUAAUGUACAGUACAAUGGAAAUGUUUGAAGUUAAGUCCAAGUUGAAAUACAUUGUACAGGCAUUUCUUGCAUUUGGCUUUACAGAUAUUUACAGUUGAAUGUUUGAGUUAUUGUUCUUGCCUUCUGUAUGUACAUAAUAUAAGUGAUAACAACUACAUGUAUACAAAUAUUAAAAUCUACUCUCAGAUUGUUGAAAAUUUUUCAAGUUCUGUAAUUGUAAUUAAACUUACAUGCAUAAAAUGAGUAAAAUAAAACAAAAAGUUGCAGCAAAUUCUGACUGACAAUUUCCGUAUGAAAUUUCCUAGAUUUCAUAAUUUUAGUUUUUGUUCUUUCAGAACAUUGAUCAAUAUAAUUCAUCAUUUUUGCAAUAUCAAUAAUUUCUUACCCCUAUUUUCUUGAUUUACUCUAAAACUUGGAACAUGUAAAUAUGUAAACUUUAAAUCAGUCAGUCCACAAUAAGCCACAAAGUCCACAGGAAAGCUUAACGUACUGCUUAAUAGAGGUCAUUUAUCUAAAACUAUUCGCAAAACAUAAAUGUACAAUGAAUAAAAGGACUACCAA